AUGGACUGUAUAAACAUUUUAGACGGAAAAUAUCAGAUUCUGCGUGUCACGCCGGACUUGUAUGAUGAAACUGAAGAGUUAUUGACUGAUUUAUCGGUGAACCAUGAAUUGACAUGCCUGGCAACCAAACUGAAAGAUUCGCCUGUAGCCAUAUCAGAGCUCCGUGCACUAGUUAGAUAUGUCCUGUCCUGUGGCAUUUCCUUUGCCAUACGGCACGUGUGCAGUGGUAGAAUUGUGUCAGCAGUUGCUAAUAUAAUCUUUAACGAAAAAAAGUAUAGCAUUUAUGAAUUGACGGAGUACAGAUGUCCCAAAAUGAUCAAAUACAACAAGCUUUGGAGGGAUCUCGAAGUCAGCUACAACAUCUACAAAGAGUGGGAAAUGGAUUCGAUUCUGGAAAUUGCUUAUUUGGCAACGCAUCUCGACUUUAGGUGUCGCGGCCUGGCAUUCCAAUUGUUCAAACAUACCAUUGACUUUGCGCGACUUAUGUCGGAGGAAAAGCUGCCAUCGGACCUAAUUUUAAAGGAUAUGCAAAUGGAAAUACCAAAGGGUGUGAUGACAAUGCUCACAUCGCCCUAUAGCCGGAAAUGUGGUUACAAAUUGGGCUUGGAAAUAGUCAAGACAUGGCCAAUAUCAGAUUGGGGAGUCGUAGAGCUUCAGGCGAUCAAGUUUUAAUAUAACCUUCAAUAUGAUUCUUUGAAACGUUUCAAAAGUUUUAAUCCAUUUAGUGCUGUUCUCAACCCCUUUAUUAAAAUCUAUUUCCAUUGUUGAUUUCAA